UCGCAGAGUGGUCUCCCGCUUCACGCGACUGUUGCUGCGGUCAACAGAUGAGAUACACACCGUAAAGACAGUCGUGGAUGAGCGCAAAACACGUUACGACGCUCCGCUAUAAAUGUUCUCAUUUGUAUCUGUUGACAUUUGCUUUUUCAGACUUCGUUUGAGAUUGGCUCAUCCAGGCUGAAGAGAGAGAGAGAGAGAGAGAGAGAGAGAGAGAGAGAGAGAGAGAGAGAGAGAGAGAGAGAGAGAGAGAGAGAGAGAGAGCGGUAAAGGAGGAGGCCACUCCUUUGAUAAACUGCGGAUUAAAAAGCUCUCUUCAUCCAGCUGUGUAAUAUUUACAUUCAGCAGAUGUGUGUGUUCAUAAAUCACUAGAACUGUGUGUGUGCGCGUGGAUCUUCCUGGACAGCUCGCGCUUAUUAUUAUCCUCGUGUCGGAUCUUCAGAGACGAAAUAAUGUAAUGUAACCUGGCAACACGAAUGCAGGCCAGAGUUGAGCAGAUCCCACAGCAGAAGCUCUAAAGUGACGUGAACCCCACACAGACCCAGCCAUGCUGGAGGAGGACAUGGAAGUAGCCAUCAAGGUGGUGGUGGUGGGCAACGGGGCGGUCGGCAAGUCCAGCAUGAUCCAGCGAUACUGCAAGGGCAUCUUCACCAAGGACUACAAGAAGACCAUUGGGGUCGACUUUCUGGAGAGACAGAUCAUAGUGAACGACGAGGACGUGAGAUUGAUGUUGUGGGACACGGCAGGACAGGAGGAGUUUGACGCCAUCACCAAGGCCUAUUACAGAGGAGCUCAGGCGUGUGUGCUGGUGUUCUCCACCACCGACAGAGACUCGUUCGAGGCCAUCGGCAGCUGGAGGGAGAAGGUGGAGAUGGAGGUGGGCGACAUUCCCACGGUCCUGGUGCAGAACAAGAUCGACCUGCUGGACGACACCGUGAUCAAGAAUGAAGAGGCCGAAGGUCUUGCUAAGAGGCUGAAACUGAGAUUCUACCGCACAUCAGUGAAGGAAGAUCUCAACGUCAAUGAAGUUUUUAAGUAUCUGGCUGACAAAUAUCUGCAUCGACUCAAGCAACAGUCAGCGGAGGAGAGCGAGGUCGUUCACACAUCCAGCAAUAAAAUAGGUGUUUUUAACACUUCCGGCGGCACUCAUCUGAACCAGAACAGCGGCGAUCUGAACGGGCGUGAUGUCAUCAACCUGCGACCAAACAAGCAGAGGACGAAGAAAACGAAAAACCCGUUCGGCGGCUGCAGACUCCUGUAGAACGGCUUCAUAGUGUGUGUGUGUGUGUGUGUGUGUGUGUGUGUCAUCCGUCACGGACUCCUGUGGAUGAGUGUGAGAGCUGCAACUGCUCCAAACAGCCGUUUCUGCGCCAAUAGCAGCAUUUCACGGAGGAAACACGACACACACAUGCUCUACUGGCGCAGAAGUGACGCGGCGUGUGCCCUCAGUGAGCGACGGUAAAUUGGAGGUCUGUUAAGAUAUUUUUGUAUGCGUAUUCAAAUCGUUUGGACACUGCCCCGUCCUCUCAUUUUAACAAUGAUUGUGGCUCAAAAUUGAAUCUAUGUUCUCACAGAUGUGCAUUAUUGGAUGUGGUACACAGCAGGGUAAUAUUCAGAUGUUCUCUAAUGAGAUUACUUACAAAAGAAACACACCAUUUGUGCAUUUGGACUGUUCAUCGUUUGUGCAAUAUGUUCGUAUGGAUGGAGAUGCAUAUUUGCAAUCUUCCCUUAACAGUAAUGUUCAUUUGUUUCUUAUAUGAGCAGUGUCAUGAAGGUCAACACAUACGUUCUUAUAGGUAUUUUUGUAUGAGAAAUGUAGUAAAGUAACGACUUACUGAAAUCCGUGACAUUAACACAGUGCCAAAAUGUUUCUACUUGUACGAAAUGUAAAUAGUGUUAGGAAAUGGUUGAACGAGUCAUAUUUUUAG